UUAAAACAAAAACAAAACACAAAAAAGAGACACAGAUUCAAGACAAACCAUCUUGCAGAAACAGUAUAAGACACAAAAAGCAAACAAACAAAUAAGCCAAAACACAUACGCCAGUACAGAAAAACAACUAUGGCCACCAAAAACCAGGAAGAGGACAAACAUGCCAAACCCAGAGGACAAACAAAAACAAACAGGAGAUAGAGGAAGAAAUAAUAGCACAACAGGUGCAGCUUAAAAAAAAAAAGGGACUCAAUUUUGUCCAGCAAAAUCAGCCCAAAUUGAGAGUGGAGAAAUACUCAGGAUUGAUGGACCACUUAAAUGAAGCAGCCAAUGCAACAGGUCUAAUUCCCGGAAAGACAUUUAUUUUGCCAUCCUCAUUUGCAGGUAGCCCCAGAAACAUGCUCCAAAACUAUCAGGACGCAAUGGCAAUUGUCAGAAAGUACGGAAAACCAGAUCUCUUCAUUACCAUGACAUGCAACCCCAAGUGGGAAGAAAUUGUAGAAAACCUAGAACAUGGACAAACUGCUGCAGCACGACCAGAUUUAGUGGCAAGAGUCUUCCACCUAAAACUAAGAUCACUAAUUGAUGACAUCUGCAAGAAGCAUAUAUUUGGCCCACCCACAGCCAUUGUGUAUGUCAUAGAGUUCCAAAAAAGAGGUUUGCCACAUGCACACAUAUUGCUCAUCCUGACAGAAAACUAUAAACCAAAAACUGAAGCAUCCAUAGACAACAUAGUAUCUGCAGAAAUCCCAAACAUUGAAAAAACACCACAACUUCAUGCAAUCAUAACAAAGCAUAUGAUCCAUGGACCAUGUGGAACUCACAAUCAGCAUUCACCAUGUAUGUCAAAUGAAAAAUGCACAAAAGAAUUCCCAAAAGAAUACCAACAACAGACUAUUGCAAACAGAAACAGUUACCCCAAAUACAGAAGAAGAAACACUGGCGAAAGCAAAAUGCAGAAUGGAAAACCAAUUGAUAACAGCUGGGUUGUACCGUAUAAUCCAUUUCUAGCCCUGAAGUAUAACUGCCACAUCAACGCUGAAGUCUGCGCUUCAGUAAAGAGUGUAAAAUACCUUUUCAAAUAUGUUUACAAGGGCCAUGAUUGCGCUAAAGUAGUACUCCAAGAACAAGACACUUUGAACCACGAUGAAAUCAAAACCUACAUGGAUUCAAGGUAUGUCAGUGCACCAGAAGCAGCAUGGCGUCUAAAUGGAUUUGAGAUGCAUUACAAAUCCCAUACAGUUCACAGGCUAGCAGUUCAUCUCCCAAAUGAACAGGCAGUAAUUUUCAACCCCGAGGACAUAGGCGCAGCAACCGAAAGAGCAACAAGUCGCGAAACACAUUUGCCAGCAUGCACGUGGAAAUUACGACAACGUGGUGCAGACAAAGUGAUUGGCAGAAUGUACUCUGUAAAUUUACCAUCAGAUUCAGAGCGCUACUGCCUACGCCUCCUACUGUUGCAUGUACCAGGAGCAACAUCCUACGAACACCUCAGAAGCAUAGAUGGAAAUGAAUACCCAACUUUCCAAGAAGCUGCCAAAACAAGAGGGCUCAUAAAUGAUAAACAAGUGUGGGAAAGUACGCUAGAAGAUGCUGCACAAUACAACAUGCCCAAACAAAUCAGAGAACUGUUUGCCUAUAUCUGUGUCUUUGCAUCCCUCCAAAACAUGCAGGAACUGUUUACAAAAUAUGAACAAUACCUCAUUGAGGAUUAUGUCCAUAAACAUAUGCAACACAAUGCAGAGUGCACAAUAUGCCGUGACCUCGCCCUUCAAGAAAUUGCCAACAUUUUAACACUCCACGGAAAGAAAUGCACAGAUUUUGGCUUGACAUACACCAUACAAAAUACAGAGCAGCUUACAGAUACAUACAACCAAGCCUAUGAAAAACAAACAGCAGAGAAAAUGUCAAAAACCUUCAAUGAUGAGCAAAAAACAGCCAUGGAGCAAAUAUUAGCAGCAAGCCAAAAUGAUGAGCUAAACCACCGCUGCUUUUUCUUGGAUGGGCCAGGAGGCAGUGGAAAAACAUACUUAUAUAAAACCUUACUCAGCACAGUGCGUGACCGAAGUGAAGUCGCACUCCCUGUAGCCUCCACAGGAAUAGCAGCCAACCUACUACAAGGAGGCAGAACAUACCACUCCCAAUUCAAACUGCCAGUACCAAUACUUGAAAACUCCAUAUCAAACAUGCACCUCAAUUCACAAGAUGCUAAAAACAUAAAAAAAGCAAAAAUAAUCAUUUGGGAUGAGUCAACGAUGGCACCCACUCUAGCACUAACAACAGUAGACAAACUAAUGAGAGAGAUCAUGGAAAACAACAAGCCCAUGGGAGAAUUCAGCAAGUGGCUAAUCACAGUAGGCAAUGGAGAUACACCACCCAUUGAGGGAUUACCAGAAGACAUCAUUGAAAUCCCUGCAAGUAUAAUAUGCAAAGAGGAUAUCGUGAGAGAAAUUUUCGGAAGCAACAUUCAAGUGCAAAACAUCCCCAAAAUAGCAAACAGAUCCAUCCUUUGCCCAAAGAACAAUGAUGUUGACACCAUCAGUGACCAGGUGCUCAACAUUUUGGAAGGCGAAAAAAUGACUUAUCUCAGCGCAGACACAAUAGAUGACUCCACCGAAGAAGAUUCAAAAAACUACCCUACAGAAUUCCUCAAUGACCAAACACCAAAAGGAUUGCCAAAGCAUACCCUCACCCUGAAGGUAGGCGCAAUAAUAAUGCUCCUCAGAAAUCUAAACACCAAGAAAGGUUUAUGCAAUGGCACCCACCUCAUUGUGAAAAACCUAGAAAAGAAUCUCAUCAUAGCACAAGUGAUUACAGGAUCAGCACAGGGAGACAUGGUCUUCAUUCCACGAAUUGAUUUGGCACCAUCUUGCACUGACUUACCAUUCACCUUAAGAAGACGGCAAUACCCAGUAAAAUUGGCUUUCGCUAUGACAAUAAACAAAUCACAAGGACAGACCCUGGAAAAGGUUGGAAUCUAUUUGCCAGAACCAGUAUUCAGCCAUGGACAAUUAUAUGUACAUUAUCGUGAGUCAGAAGUUUUACAGACGUCGUGGUCAAGGUGCUGGAAGGCCCAGAACAAGGAAGACUAAUAGCAGGCUCAGAGCAAAUAUUCACCAGAAAUGUGGUGUAUAAAGAAAUACUAUGAGGGCGGCGGGGGGGGACGACGACAAAAAAACAAAAAACAAAUAAAGAAUAUUAAUUAACCAAAAAAUAGCCUCAUAAGUAUGUAAGAACACAAUAAAGGAGAGGGAAGAGCAACAACAAAAACGGGGCAACAAGAAAAGGAAAAAGGGGGGGGAAGGGAGAGGGGAGAGAGAGAGAGAAAAGAAAAAAAUUAGAAAAGGGUGGAGGAAAACAAAGACAGAGAGAAAGAGAGAGAGAAACAGAGAGAGAGAGAAAUAAAGACAAUUAAAAAAAACACAGAAUGAAAAGAAAAAGAGACAGGGACACACACACACACACACACACACAAAGGACAAAAGAUAUGAAGAACACUUAAGGGCGGGGGAAGCUAGCGCCCGUUAUUAUAACGGGCUUAAAAAUACUAGUUAUUAA